AUGCACAUCAAGAAAAUUGUCAUUCAGGGCUUCAAAACCUACAAAAACACCACUGUCAUCGAUGACUUGUCGCCCAACCUCAACGUGAUGGUGGGACGAAACGGAUCUGGUAAAUCCAACUUCUUCGCCGCGAUCAGGUUUGUUUUAUCCGAUGCCUAUACACAUAUGACGCGUGAGGAGCGUCAGGGACUCAUUCAUGAAGGCUCAGGGACGGUCAUGUCCGCGUACGUGGAGAUUGUGUUUGAUAACACUGAUCGUCGAUUCCCUCUCCAGAAGGAUGACAUUUCAAUACGAAGAACCAUUGGAUUAAAGAAAGACGACUACUCAAUGGAUGGAAAAUCUGCUACGCGGUCGGAUAUCAUGAAUUUGUUGGAAAGUGCUGGCUUUUCCCGACUGAAUCCAUACUAUAUAGUUCCGCAGGGUAAAAUCACGUCCUUGACCAAUUCAAAAGAUUCGGAGCGGUUGGCUCUCUUGAAGGAGGUCAGUGGAGCCAAGGUGUUCGAGGCCAAGCUCAAGGAAUCUACAAAGGAGAUGACGAACUCGAACUAUAAGAUGGAGAGGAUCGACGAGGCCAUGGAAAAGUUGGAGGAGAAGCUUGCAGACCUCAUGAUAGAGUCCAAGGACUUGAAGCAGUUUCAGCAGCUUGAAAAGAACAAAAAGGUGUUUGAAUUCAAUCUCUUUGAUCGUGAAUUGGCAUCUUUAAGUAGUCAGAUUGAAGCCAACGAAGAAGAAUAUGAGUCUAUGAAGAAUUCCUCACUCAAGGAUAUUCAGGAUUUAGAAAAGCGAGAGCUGGCCAGCCAGAAACUUCAGGCUGAGAUUGACGAGCUACUGACGGCUCUCCGUGUUGCCAGCUUAGAGAGUGAGCAGAGUGAAACGGAUAAGAAUAGACUAGCUCAGUCGAUGGCGGAGAAGGAAUCAUUGGUCAGAGAUUUGGAGGCUACCCUUACAUCAGCCCAUGAAAAUGCAGAAGAACAAAGUUCCAAAAAAAUGGCUUUGACCAAAGCUCUCGAGGAAAGGUCAGCAAGAAUUUCUGAAGAGUUGAAACCUGAAUUACAAAAGUUAUUAGCCCAAGAAUCAACUCUCAAGAGCAAAAUUUCCGAGCUUACUACCAGACAACGUCUACUUUAUGCCAAACAAAGCAGAUUUCUGAAGUUUCUGUCCAAGAAGCAGCGUGACAAAUGGCUCAAAGACGAAAUCAAGAAUGUGACCAAAGAUCUUGAGAGUCGGCAAGAGCUGUUAGAAUCGAAUAUUAUUGCUAGAAAGAAUUUUGAAGAAGAGCUUAUUGAAUGUGAAAAUCGCCUUCAAGACUUAAAGUCAUCUUUGGACGGCGAAGACCAGCAUCGCAAGAUUCAGCAGUAUGAAGAAAACAUAGAGACAGCUAAGAGAAAAGUCAUGGAGCUUUCGGAAGAGAGGAAAAUACUAUGGAGAGAUGAAAUAAGGUACAGAUCACUCUAUGAUUCAGCGGAACUGGAAUUGUCUGACGCAAACCAUAAAGUUUCAAGAUCUAUGGAUAGAGAACUUGCUCGGGGCCUUCAAUCUGUACGCGACAUUUCAGAGAGAUUGAACUUGCAAGAUUCUGUUUAUGGCCCCUUGGCUGACCUCUUCACGUUCUCCGACAAAUACAAAACGGCAGUGGAAGUCGUGGCGGGAAAUUCUUUGUUUCACGUUGUGGUGGACACCGAUGAAACGGCACUGUUGCUCAUGAAGGAGUUGUUUAGAGUCAAGGGUGGUCGAGUAACAUUCAUGCCCCUUAACCGUAUCAACUUGUCUUCUGUUUCUUAUCCAGAUCAAGAUGCUCACGAUUACAUUCCUCUUGUGAAGAAAAUAAAACAUUCUGAAGAUGUUACGAAGGCAAUCCAGCUUGUGUUUGGCAAAACCAUCGUUUGCAAAGAUUUGCAUCAAGGGUCAGAAUUAGCUCGGUCUCACAACUUGAAUGCAAUUACUUUGGAUGGUGACCGUGCUACCACUAAGGGAGUUCUUAUCGGAGGAUUCAGAGACUACAAGAACUCUCGUCUCGAUGCAUUGAAGGUACAGAGCAAGAAGAAACGUGAGAUGGCUAAAUUGAUAAACGAUUUGCAAGAAUGUUCCAAGAAGUUGCAGAAAGUGAAUGAUGAGCUCACAACGGAGAAUGCCGAUCUCGAUGAAAAGCUUAGGGAACUCGAAAAGUUUCGUGCAUCUCUCGAACCAUUGAAUUUAGAGUACUCACAUUUACUUAACAAGAAGUUUAAUCUUGGGAAGAACUUGGCUCAAGUGAGUUCCACAUGUGAAGCUCUUGAGAAUAAUAUUGCCAAUCUCAAAGCAAAGAUCACUCAGCAUGAGGAUGAGAUCACAACCGAGUUCACUCAAUCAUUGUCCAAUGCGGAAACUUUGGAAAUUGAUGAAUUGAUGGAGCAAAUAACAACACUUGAAGAUGAUUUAAACGAGGUGGUAUCUAAAUCAGCAGCAUUGGACACGACCAUUACAGCACUUGAAAAUGAGUGUUCUACCUACGAAACUCAAAUUAAGAAUAUUGAUAUUGGUGGUGAAGUGUCUUUUGCCAAAAGCAGGGAUGUGGAGUUUCAACUUCUCCAAGGUGAAUUAAAGACUCUUUCUCAGAGCAUGACGAAAUUGGAGAAACGAUGCAAGGAAAAUUCUUCUUCGGAAAAGAAGAUUUCAACCAAACUUGCCAAACUUCAUGCCGAUCUCCAAAAGGCAAAUGAGGAACAAGAAAGGGCCGUUAAGCUUCUUGAAAAGGUUGGAAAGAGUGCCGAGAAGAUACUUUCUCGUAAAGCCAUCCUUGAUUCUAGAAGAGAAGAAGUGCAAGAGAAAGUUAGAGAAUUGGGUGUUCUUCCUGAAGAAGCAUUCCAGCAAACCCAGUUCGAGGCUACGUCUCUGGAUGAACUUCUAGAGAAGCUCAACGUCAUCAACAAUGACUUAAAGAAGUACUCGCAUAUAAACAAAAAGGCCAUGGAGCAAUACAACACGUUCACCAAGGAAAGAGAAGACUUGGUAUCUAGAAAGGAGGAACUCGAGAGAUCAAAGGAAUCCAUUGACAACUUGAUGAUCUCGUUGGAGCAUCAGAAGGAUAGUGCCAUCAAAAAGAGUUUCCAGGAGGUGUCCAAGAGUUUCAAGGAGGUAUUCGAAAAACUCGUGCCCAAUGGGGUUGGUGAGUUGGUAAUGAACUCUAAAGAGAACGGCUCGGACUCGGAAUCAAUAGAUAACUACGUGGGUGUGUCCAUUCAAGUCUCCUUCAACUCCAAGGAGGACGAGCAGCAGCGCAUUGAGCAACUAUCUGGCGGACAGAAGUCACUCUGUGCCAUUGCUUUGAUCCUUGCCAUUCAGAAAUGCGAUCCAGCUCCUUUCUAUUUGUUUGAUGAGAUUGAUGCUAAUUUGGACGCACAGUAUCGUACGGCCGUGGCUAGUAUCUUACAAGGAUUGGCAAAGAAUGCUCAGUUUAUCUGUACGACAUUCCGGCCAGAAAUGUUACAGGUGGCCAAUGUCUUUUAUGGUGUUCUUUUCAGCAAUAAGGUAAGUACGGUACUGGAAAUUGUGCAGGAUGAGGCUUUGGCAUUUGUGGAAGGUCAAAGAUAA